AUGGGGAAAGCCAACUCGAAGCACCGCCCCGGGGGCCCGUGCUGCGGCGAAGACCUCGCGGAUCUCGCGCGCGUGGACGCCAGCGCGGACGACGUCGACGAGAACGAGGACGAGAGAGGAGGAGGAGGAGGAGGACGAGGAGGAAGGUGGACGGUGCUUUCCGAGAGCGAAGCCGCGGGCGCGGCCGCGGCGACGGCGGCGAUCGCGCGCGCGAGCGGCGACGCCGCGCCGCCGCCGCCGCCGCCGCCGCCGUCGUCCCCGCCCGCGCCGUCGCCGUCGCCGCGGCCGCCGCCGCCGACGGACCGAGAAGAAGAAGAGAAAGAGGAAGAAGAAGCGAAGGUCGUCGUCGCGUCGCCGUCGCCGUCGCCGCCGCCGUCGCCGCGGCGCGCGGACGCGGACCCGGUCGACGUCUUCCUCGCGAUCGACGAGACUGGCGUCGUCCGCGCGACGCUGCGCGUGAAGCACCGCGCGGUGUGCCGCCUCGCGACGCGCCCGGCGUCCUCCGCCGCGACGCGCCCGCCCGCCCCGGCCGCGACGCGACGAGACGCGUCGCGUUUUUUCGUCGACGACUCGGACCUCUACCCCGGCGGGAUGCACCAGCCGGUGGAUCCCUCCAUCCCGAUGGCGAUAAAAACGCAUCAAAUCGAUACGUUAGAAGCAUCAGCACGAGCACGAGACGACGAGCGCCUGUACCCGUGCGGCAUGCACCAACCCGUCGAACCUCACCCGCCGGCGACGACGGCGGCGGGCCAAGUGAGGCGCGUUCUGUACACUGGUUCCCAUACGACCCCGUUCGCGUGGUGGACGCCGAUCCUUAAGGACUUUGCCCGGCGUGUCUCUCCGCCCACCCCUCCCUUUCAAUACCCGCCCUCGACGCCUUUCAACUCCAACUGA